AUGGCAGUGACCUCUGGGACGCUCCCAUUUGCCUUACCAUGUGCAACGCCCCCAGGGUCUCACCCAGCGGUAUCGGCGCUGGUAGGGGCACCUGCAAAGUCCUUGCCAAGGGCAUCGGUUCCCUCAGUGGCCCUUACAGGUGGUGGUGGCGUCUCUAGGGGCCCUCUCAAUGGCGGUGGUGCCCGAGGGGCCCUUCCAGGGGACAGCAGCACUCCCAAGGUACCUCCCAGCGGCAAGGGCAAACCAGGUGGCCCUGCCAGGGACGGCGGAGACCCCAAGGGAACUGACAAGGGCUCUCGCUCCCCCAUUGGCUCUUACAGAUUCGGUGGUGCCUCCAGCGGCCCUCCCAGGCGCAGCGAGCCCCCAGGGGAGCUCCCAAGUGUGGUGGCAUACCCAGGGGCUCUUCCAGGGGUGACGGCGCCCACUGGGGCCCUCCCAGCGGGGCUCACCCAGGGGUGUCGGCGCUGCUACGGGCCCUACAAGGUCCUUGCCAAGGGCGUCGGUUUUUCCAGUGGUCCUUCCAGGGGUGGUGGCGCCUCUAGGAGCCCUCCCAAUGGCGGUGGUGCCCGAGGGGCCCUCCCAGGGGACAGCAGCGCUCGCAAGGGAACUCCCAGCGGCAAGGGCGACCUAGGUGGCCCUGCCAGGAUUCGGUGGAGCCUCCUGCUGCCCUCCCAGGCGCAGCGAGCCCCCAGGGGAGCUCCCAGUUUUGGUGGCAUACCCAGGGGCUCUCCCAGGUGUGACGGCGCCCACAAGGGCCCUCCCAGCGGCAGUGACGACCCGAGGGGACCUCUUAGGGGUGGUUGUGCCCCCAGGGGCAUAUCAAGGGGCAACGACGCCCGCGCAACGCCCCCAGGGCUCACCCAGGGGUGUUGCCAGGGGCCCCACAAGGUCCCUACCAAGGGCAGCGGUUCCACCAGUGGCCCUUCCAGAGGUCGUGGCGCCGCUAAGGACCCUCCAAAUAGUGCUGGUGGCAAGGGGCCCUCCCAGGGGGCAGCGGCGCUUCCAGGGAGCAGCGGCGCUCCGAGAGACCCUCCCAGGGGCUCUGAUAGAGGCUGUGGCGCCCCCAAUGGCCCUUACAGAGGCGGUAAUGCCUCCAGCUGCCCUCGCAGGUGCAGCGGCAGCCCUGGAGGAACUCCCAGGGGUAAUGGCACACCCAGUGGCUAUCACAGAAGCGGCGACGCGCACAGGGUGCCUUCAAACGGCAGUGGCGUCCCCAGGGGCCAGCCAAAGGGCAACGACGCACCCAGAGCUCUUCAUACAUGCAGCGGUGCCCCCAAGGGGCUCUCCUUAGGGGCAGCAGUGCCCCCAGGGGCCCUACUAGAGGCGCCCCCUCCUAGGAGCCUUAUAACUUUUGGUUGUGGUGUCGUACGGCAGCUCCUGGAGGAACUCCCAGGGGUAAUGGCACACCCAGUGGCUAUCACAGAAGCGGCGACGCGCACAGGGUGCCUUCAAACGGCAGUGGCGUCCCCAGGGGCCAGCCAAAGGGCAACGACGCACCCAGAGCUCUUCAUACAUGCAGCGGUGCCCCCAAGGGGCUCUCCUUAG